AUGUCUACGUGUGCGCCGCGCGCGUGCUGCCGGCCGCGCGCCCCAGCUACCCUUCUCGACAUCACCGCAAAGAUAGUCGCCGCUUCUAUACCCUUUCAGCGCAUCGAAGAGCGCUAUGAACGUAUACCGGAACCUGUGCAACGCCGCGUCGUCUACUGGUCCUUCCCCAGAGACGAGCGGGACAUCUGUAUGUAUUCCUCGCUGGCCCGUGCUCCACCUGACGACCACAGGAACAUCGCCUUCUGCCGCGGUCUCAAGCUGCUGGAAGCCGGCUGUGUCGAGAACGUCCUCCAAGUCGGUGAGUGUCAAACCGCGCCUGCGCCUGUUUACUAA